AUUUAAAACUGGCCCCCCAGUUUCUGCUCCGCCAUUUUCGUAAUACCUAAGAGCGAUCUGUGCUAUUACACUAAGUCGAUCUGGUAAUACCUUUCUGAUCUGCAAUAGUAAUUUCAGGUUUCUUUCCACUUUCAUCAGCUCAACAAAAUGUCGGGCGAGCAGGGAGACAACAACAUCGAGGCUACUAUCGAGUUGCCGCAGCAGGAGGGAAUUAAUGGGAAACCCAAGAAUGAAUCUAGUUCCAGCAGGAAGGAGAGACCCCCUAAGAGAGGUGGAGGUGGUCGCUAUGAUCCCUAUGGCAACGUGAAAAGAUACAGAGUGUUUGUCAGUAACAUCCCCUACGAUGUGAAAUGGCAAGCCCUCAAAGACCUGAUGAAAGAGAAAGUGGGUGAGGUAACGUACGUGGAACACUUAAUGGACGCAGAAGGCAAAUCGAGGGGUUGCGCUGUUGUUGAGUUCAGAACAGAAGAACUUAUGAAGAAAGCAGUGGAAAGUGUCAACAAGCACAACCUCAACGGGCGGCCCCUUAAAGUGAAGGAGGAUCCUGAUGGUGUCAUUGCUCAGAGAGAAAUUGGCAAGUCCCAACAAGCUGGAGGUCACCCAGGAGGCAUGGGAGGAAUGGGGGGCAUGGAUCGCAUGGGAGGGAUGGAUCGCAUGGGGGGCAUGGAUCGCAUGGGAGGGAUGGAUCGCAUGGGAGGGAUGGAUCGUAUGGGGGGCAUGGAUCGCAUGGGGCCCGGACCAGGAGGUCCCCUGGUCAGCAUUCCUCCCAGCCUUUUGAACAACCCCAACAUUCCCAAUGAAGUCAUUCAUGGUCUUCAGACUGGCAGGAUUGGAAGCACCAUUUUUGUGGCCAAUCUGGAUUACAAAGUGGGAUGGAAGAAGCUGAAAGAGGUGUUCGGCAUGGCAGGUGUCGUGUUGAGGACAGACAUUUUGGAGGACAGGGAUGGCAAAAGCAGAGGCAUGGGCACAGUGACGUUUGAAAUGCCCAUUGAAGCAGUCCAAGCUGUCUCUAUGUUCAAUGGGCAGCUCUUAUUUAACAGGACCAUGCAUGUCAAACUGGAUGAGAAAUCCCUCCCUAAAGAUUUUGGACAACCAGAUAGAGGAUCCUCUCUUCCGCGUGGACUCAGUGGUAUUGGUUUGGGGCUGGGACCCGGAGGUCAGCCUAUCGAUGCUACCAUGCUGAACAGAGGAAGUGGAGGUGGUGGUGGUGGUGGCAUGGGGAACAUGGGCCCUGGAGGAAUGGAUGGUAUGGGAUUCAGCAAUGUGGGUGGUCGCAUGGGAGGAGGAAUGGACAACUUUGGCGGAAUGAACAUGGAUCGUUUUGGUUCUUCAGGCAUGGGAAGAAUGAACGAGAUGGAUCGUGGGAUUGGUGGUGCUUUUGACAGGGAAUUUGGGCGAAAUGAAAUGGGAAUGUCUCGCAAUAAUUUUGGAGACUCCUUUGAAAGAGGAAUGGGAAAUUCCCUCGGCAUGGACCGCCUAAACUCUGGAAUGGACCGCCUAGGAGGCAGCUUGGAUCGCAUGGGAGGAAUGGGCAUGGACAGAAUGGAUCGUGUGACUGAUCUGGACAGGAUGGGAUCUGGCUUUGACCGUAUGGGCUCUGGGAUGGACCGCCUCGGGCCAAGUAUGGACCGGCUCGGACCAGGCCUGGACCGCAUGUCAUCAAACAUAGACCGCCUCGGCCCUGGAGGAUUUGACCGACUCGGCCCAUCUAGUCUGGAUCGCAUGGGAGGCAGCAUGGACUUUGGCUCCUCCAUGGGUAUAGAUCGCAUGGGCAACACUGGGCUCGAUAGAAUGGGAAGCAGCUUUGAUCGCAUGGGAUCUGCUGGAGGCCUCGACCGUUUCUCCUCCGGAGGCCUUGACCGCAUGAGUUCUGGGAUGGACCGAAUGGGAUCUGGAGGCGUUGGUGGUCAGUUUGAUCGCUCUGGAGAAAUGGACCGAGGAUUUGGUGGGAAUUCCUUUGGAGGAGCUGGAGCUGGAGGGCCUGGAAGUGGUGGAGGCAACAUGAGGAAGGGAUGCCAGAUCUUUGUCAGAAAUCUGCCAUUUGAUUUCACCUGGAAGAUGCUGAAGGACACCUUUAAUACAUGUGGUAUGGUCCAGUAUGCUGACAUCAAGAUGGAGAAUGGAAAAUCCAAGGGCUGUGGCGUGGUCCGUUUUGACAACCCUGAAACUGCUGAGCGUGCCUGCAGAACCAUGAACGGCUAUCGUUUGAACGGGAGAGAGAUCGAUGUUAGGAUUGAUAGAAAUGCAUAAUUUGUGUGUCUGUGUUGCAUCAGAUGAUUUAGUCAGUAAUGUCUAAAACAUUCUCGCUCAUGAGAUUUGUCCUUCAGUAUACUUGGUUUAGUAAAUAUUAAAAGUUUUGUUUUUUUAAAUUUUUUUUAGUUGAUACUUUUAGUUAGAAAAUUGUAACAGUGGAUGUUUUUAGUUUUAGGCUAUUCCGGUGUUCUACAUUUUAGCGACCAAACUUUUACUUUUUUUCGUUUUUGUUCUGUUAUGCAUCACCUGUCAUUGCCUUUGAUCUGUAAGGUGUUUUGCUAAAUAAAUCAAGUUGUAUUAAAAUA